AAAGAGAAAGCCUUAGAAACUAUGCCUCGGAGCAGUUCAGUGAGGAUGGUUGACGGAGAUUGACUCCGUCUUUGACCAAUCGCCGCCUCUUCCCCGCCCCUUCGCUUUGCAUGAGCGGCAGAACCAGCCAAUCACCGUCGGGAUAACCUCCGGAAGGGGCUAGAGGCCGGAUUCAUCGUGUCUGCGGACCCUGCUAGGGGUCGGGACGCUCCAGGCGGCAGGAUGUCGUGGUCUGGCCUUCUGCGUGGCCUCAACACGUCCCUGAGCUGUGGCCUGGCCCUGGCUCCCCGGCUCUGGGCCACCCGCCCCAUGGCCACCCUGAACCAGAUGCACCGCCAGGGACCCCCAAAGCGGCAGCCCCGGAAGCUGGGCCCCACGGAAGGCCGGCCGCAGCUGAAAGGCGUAGUUCUGCGCACGUUCAUCCGCAAGCCCAAGAAGCCCAACUCGGCCAACCGCAAGUGCUGCCGGGUACGGCUCAGCACAGGCCAGGAGGCUGUCUGCUUCAUCCCCGGAGAGGGCCACAACCUGCAGGAGCACCACAUCGUCCUCGUGCAGGGCGGCCGCACCCAGGACCUGCCCGGCGUCAAGCUCACUGUUGUGCGCGGCAAAUAUGACUGUGGCCACGUGCAGAAGAAGAAGUGACCGCCGGGGCGUUGUGGGGCUGGGCGUCCCUGCAGAACAAAACUUUCCAGGCUCCAGCAGGGCCCUUGGGACACAAUUCCAGCAGCCGGUCCUGGAUUCAAAUCCUGCCUCUGCUUCUCCCGGCAGGACCACCGUUAGCCCAUAGGGGCCUGGGUGUGAAUGAGAAAAAGGCACUCUUCUGUCAAGACUCUCGGCUUCCACAUGUAGCGUUGGCAUGAGGUUCCCUUUCUGCUGGGCCGGGACACUGUACUGCCAUCUGCUGGGAAGGGGUUGUAAUAAACACAGGCUCCCACGGUUGUGAUGUAAAUGGCGCCCUCCGGCUGUACUUGUCCUCUGCCUCCUGCAGAGCUGGCACCUGAGAUCCCCUCUGGGCCUCAGUUUCCUCCCCUGGAAAAUGGCCCCACUCACAAUGCUCCCUUUGUUGAGUUUCUUGAAGAUUAAGCGAGAUGACCUGUGUGCGUGACAUACACAGACAGUAAUCCUGUUUUAAGUCAGUUAGGUGGCACUGAGUCCCCAUUACACUUCCUACGGGCAUGGGACCUGAGCAGGUGAAGCCUGCCCUCCAGCUUCCCCAUCUGGAAAAUGGUGGUAAUUGUAACAUUGACAUUGAAGGGAUUAAAUGGAUCCACUGCUUCAUACAUUGUUGUGUGUGGAGUCGAUUCUGACUC